AUGGUUUCUAAGACUACGGUCAGAGCUGUUUUGCCAGUUCUUAUCGCCUCAGGCAUUGUGAGUGGCCAGAGUGUUGCAAACAGUGACGCUACCACCACCUACACCUCAACCAUUUUGGUUUAUACAACACAGGCGAGCUCGGGCCAAGCAAAGCCAGUGGCUUACGCACAGUCGAUCUCUCUUAAUGACGCAAGCACGGAAAACUCGGCCACUGUGAACUCUGUUCAUUCAAUCAGCUCGGCGUCUGUUGCUUCAGUUUCUGCAGAACAGGCUUCUUUGGCCUCGAUUUCGUCCGCCAGUGCUGCCAGUGCUUCGUUCGCCUUUGUGGCUUCGGAAUCCCAGAUCUCAGCGUCUCAGAUUUUGAUGUUGCAAGCUUCUGUUUCGCUGUCUUCCGCAGCUCAGGCUUCCGCAUCUCAGGCUUCUGCAUCUCAGGCUUCUGCAUCUCAGGCUUCUGCAUCUCAGGCUUCUGCGUCCCAGGCAUCUAUGUCGCAAGCGUCUAUGUCGCAAGCGUCUAUGUCGCAAGCGUCUGCAUCCCUGGCCUCAGUUUCUCAAGCCUCUGCUUUCGAAGUAUAUGCUUCUCGAGCAUCAGCCUCUCUGGCGUUUACUACAGCAGGAGCUAAUUUUCCGACUUCGCAAAAAACCGGCCAACGCGUUGAAGCUUCUGUUUCUGGUAACAGUACCAUUUCGCAAAGUUCAUCUUCCUCCAUGCCUAUUUCUUCCACUUCUACUGUCAAAACUUCAUCUGCAGCUCAAAGUUCUUCAUCUGAAGCUCAGAUUACAUCCUCAUCAGUAUCUCGAAACUCUUCUAGCACUGCUUCGAGCCACGGUGCAGGCGCUCUUUUAACGUCCAACGGUCUUCUACUGGGCGCCGCUGCAGGUGCUGUACUUGGACUUCUUUGA